AUGUUUGGGUUUGGGAACAUACUCUACGUUUCCCUCUUAUUUCUCAACGCUAUAGCCGUGUUGAGUGAAGAUAGAUUCUUGAAUAGAAUCGGCUGGGGAAGCUCAAACAACCAAGCUUCUACUCAGUUCAACCAAUUUGGUAAUAAUGAAACAUCAGUUAAGACCAGGUUGGUCAACUUAAUAGGCGCCACCAGAACAGUACUGAGGCUCCCAUUGAUUUUGGUGAACACUAUUGUUAUUUUAUACUUGGUUCCUUUUGGUUAA